CUCCUUGUAAAGUAAUGGGUAGAAUUAUGUUACGGAAAAUCCAGAGUGCUCCGGAGUCACGUACGUAUUAGGAAUUCCCUUACAGCGUUGUGUCGGUUGUAUCGCCUUUCCAGGUCCUUGGCUGCCUAGGAGAAAACUGAAAAGUUUGAAGUGGGCGGGAGCAUCGCAGCCGGGACCGCGUAUAUCACAGGAUUUUCGAGUAAAAGAACAUGUCGUCCAUGCAUUCUUCUGAAUUUCUCCAGGCUGGGAAGCUUGUCCGUCGGUCCACAGCAGGCACACAUCUUUCCAUUGGCCCAGGAAAUCAUGGAAAGCUGCUAUUAAAAGGAGAUGGCCAGACUGAGUUCCAGUCACUUGCCUCAAGUAGGAGGUCUUCAGGAAAUGAGCAGAAAUUGGCGAAACUUCAAGAAGAAAAUGAUCAACUAAGGCAAGAGCUAGAAGACUUGAGAUUUCAGUACAGACAGCUCAUCGAUGAGGGCAAGAACCAGUGCUUAGAUGAGCGGCGUGUCAAUCUCUUAAAGUCCCAGGUUUUACAGCUGGAAAGACAGGUGAUGCUGCUGACAGAAGGACUCAGCUCGAGAGCUUCUGUACUUCUUGAACUUGGCGAUGCACUCCAAGCAGUUCUUGAUAAGAUGCAAUCUCUACUUACCAGUGAAAACCGAACUCCUGAAGUACAAGUCACCAGAGUAGAGUUAAUACGAAUGAUUGAGAUAUGCCAGUCCAUGCAGGACAAACUGCGUCGGAAUCAUCAGACAUCAAGUGUAGAAAAUCUUUCUGUACCAUGGCUAAUGUCUGGAAGACAAGCAACUAAAAAUCCAGUGACUCUUCUGGAUCUAUGUUAUGGGAAAGUUGAUAACCUCAACCUUCUGUAUGUGAGUGCGCUGGAAGGGAAGCUUAGCACAUUGUUCAGACACCUGCAUGCUGCGAGACAAACACUGAGCAUUAUUUUAGCCCCAGGAGCAGAAUCUUCCGAAUCGGCACAUCACAUACUUCCAACCGUUACAUAUUCCAGGUUAAUAAAUCAUUUGACAAGAUGUAAUCAGUCCUUGGAGGAAUGUUGCACAGACUUGCUGACCAUAACCCUCAUUGUACCAUCUGCGCCUUGGGCAAAAAUUGAAUGUUCAGCAAGCCAGGAAUUUACUGUGGAGAAUGUUCUCGCAGUAUUGCCAGCAUUUCCCAAAGGUGCCCCUCAGCAGCGGGCAAAGAGAGCGGCAGAAGCAUUAGUGAAAGCCACCAAUUAUUCCAGGCUAAUGGCAAUGCAACAGAUCCAUGCCCUGGAAGCUGAGCUUGAUUUUCACAGGGGCAUUUACAACCUACAAGUUCAGUACACACAAGCUCUUUUCCAGGGGAUAAAACAAGCCUAUCAUAACUUUCAAGAAAAUGUUGUGGCGGUUGUUUGUUCUCCACUAAAAGAUGUCCUUUCCUCCUAUGCUGACCUUAAAACCAAAUCUUCUGAAACAUCCUUGAGAAAUUUCUUAACAAUUUUUAAGAACAACGCAGAACAGAUUCAGGAAGCUGUUGACACCUUGACUCCAUCAACGGCACAGCAGCAUGAAGGAGAAGAGGCAUUUUCUAAACUUGGCAAAGAAUUCUUUAUUUCUUUGGAUAAUUCACUUAAAAACUGUAGAGAAGAACGAGAUCGGUCCAUUUUUGAAAUAGAAAAAUUAAGACAAGAACUUAAUCAGGCAUUAGAUACCAUGAAAACUUUAAAGAUGGAAAGAAAGCAUAAGGGAAGUUCUUCCAAUGAGCACUCUUCAAAAUCUGAGGGUGACAGCGCAGAUGGAAAAACAAAGGAGUCUGUUGAUCACGCACGUGACAUAACGAAUAUCACAUCCCAACUUUUUGCCUUUGGAAGGAGAAACUCUCUUACAUCCACAGCUAAGGAGAAGGAAAUACAAGAGAUUCAACCUCAGCAAAACCAAACCUCAAGUCCAGUUCGUCAUAGAAGCAAAAGCCUCCAGAGGAGCAAAAGUGUAAGGAUGCGACCUUCUUGGCAGGUUUAAUGAAGUCAUUUGAUAAUUUUAUGCGUGAGUUGAGCAUUUAAUAUUUUCCAAACGGUGAAAAGUGGACCUCGUGGCAUCAAGCAGCGUUGAUCCUUUCUAGUACUCAUGGUUGGCCAGUUAGAACAGAUUUUGUGUGCGGACUUUAAAUUAGUAGUGGUAUAUAUAUUAUUUUCUGCUUGACCUCCUUUAUUCACUUGCCUUAAACCAGACUUUGCAUAUGAAAUGAAAAUGGAGGGGAUUUAUGAAACUCUCUAUAGUAAAACUGUUUGUUAUCCACAGCAACCAAUCACAGCACAGUUUUCAUUUCUUGUAGCGCUCUUGAAAAAAUUCUGCUGUGUGAUUGGUUGCUGUGGCCAGCAAAGUCUGU